CGAAUGACCCACCGGGAAAAAUCGAUGUUUUCUUUCGAGGUCUGUCCAUGCGCGCUGGCGCGCCAAAUCAACGGUCGAUUUUCCCCAUACUAUUGAUCAAAGAUCGGUUUCUGCGACGUGGUUGGAAGCCGUUGUGGAUCGAAUGCACGGAUACUACGAUGGGAACAUGGGAACUGUCGAAGUGUAACAUUCCAAGAAACAAAAACAUCGUUUUUUUGAUGAUUCGUCCCCUCUGAGGAUUUCUUGUCGAAACGGGAUCUCAAAUUCCUUCUUCGACACAAGAUCCAUCGUUUUCACCGGUCACUACAGAGGCGAGCAAACAUUCCGUCCCCAUUUCAGAAUCUGACCGAAAAGAUAGGAAAGCAAAGGUGAAAGAGAGAUCCCGAGACAGAACAACGGAAAAGGAAAACAACACAACACAAUGCCCCCAGUUCUCGAUCCAGAAAACUCAAAGGUCGACGGCCUUGCUUUUCUUGGUCUAUCCCUGGCUCGAAACCAUUACUGGGGAGAUAUCGAUAGCGAAGAACCUCAGGGAGAAGAAACGAAGCCACAAGGACUCGGGCAUCCCGAUUCGUACACACACCAGACGGCCUUUGAUUUGAACGAGGUGAUCGAUCGAGAGUACGAGUUUCUCCAGUCCACCGACGACAAUGGAUGGUAGGUUUGUGCAAGAGUCCUGUCUUUGCAGGGAAAUCUCUAGCUUUGCCACACAGAGUGAAAAAAUGAGCCGCUGUUCUCUUUGCUUUCCUCGCAUGCCUUUCUCAUUCGCCGCGUUCUCUGUUUCCGGUUCCAAACCAGGCUCGUCGGAGGAGGAGAAGCCGGUCCGCCCACCAGCUACAAGCUGGCCGCCCUGGAUUCCGCCCACGUGGAGAUUAUGAGGGUCGGAACCUACCGCAAAGACUGGGGUGGCCUCGACCUGGAGGAACUCCUCGCCGUGAUGAACUCGGGAUCCAUCCUGGUUCCCCAGAUCGAGGUUCUCCCGACGGACGUGGUGGCCAAUCCCGAUACACCGCCCGAGCUCGAGAUCCGGUUCGACAUGGAGUGUGCCUCGGARGCCCAGCUCAAGAGCCUCUCGGAGGGAGACUUUGACGCGUUCAUGAAGGAACCGGAACUCCCGAUCAACUGGCAGCUGCGUUUUCUGCACAACCAGUUCUUCAAGACCUUUGUGUUUCCGAGCCGCUUCUGCCCCGGUGCCUUUCACUCGACGAUUCUCCGCAAGGCCGACUUUCGCUCGGACGCCCACCGGACGCUCUACUUUUGCAAGUGCGCCGCCGCCAUCCAGAAGUGGCGGGAACGGGGUCCGCGGGCGCUCAACACGGUGCCRCGGCACCCCGACGGAAAGCCCCUCUCGAAGGAGGAGAUUGCCGCGAUGUACCCGGAGCCCGAAAGCGGGGAGCACGACCCGCCGCUGCGGGCACCGAGCGACGAGGCCCCCUGCAAAGUGGAAUCCCAAGCAACAGCCGAACCCGAAGCAGAAACGGGAGCAGACACGGAAGCCGGAACGGAAGCCGAACCCGAAGAGGAGAAUUCGUAUGUUCCGUCCCCGCCACCCACAGAGGAAGAGACCGAAGCAAUGGCCAAACUCGUAAAGAAGCUCGAGGACUUGACGCCCCUUCCACCAAAGGCAACCACCGCCCUUCCAUCGGUAAAUCUGGAGAUCGCACUGGAUGCCGAAGAAGAAGAAGAAGAAGAAAGCACAGCGGCCGAACCCGAAGAAACCCAGGAGACAACGAACACGGCCGGUUCCACCGAGGGUGGUGACCUACCUACGACCGAUGGCUUGUACCGGCAUACGUGGGACGAUGUGGUCCGCGUUCGUUUGGACGAUGCGUCCAAGGAUGACGCAGCGGCCGGGGUGGAUGUUGACCCGGCUACCAUCGGCAGCAACAAAAGCAGGAACUGCCACAGCGGAAUAUGGCUCUUUACGGACCGAGAAAACAUUACCCAUUUCUUCCAACCCAAUUUUUUGCCUCCCUACGAUACCCCCGAGAAGAAAAGAAUCAUCUUUGACGUGCUGAGGGAAGAGUGGGACGAGAAGAGCCUCGGCUGGAAGCCGUGCGGACAGGGGAGCAUGAGCCAGGAAAAACCGGAGGACGACACGGGCCUCCUUGCGGAGCUCCAAAAGGCGGAGAACCUGGUGAGCGGCGUUCUGAAAUCGGUCAUUGACAACGUGUGCUCCCCGCAGCCGUCUCCCCGCAAGCUCAGCUCGGCGGCACAUUUUUAGCGAUCUCAACAGCAGCGGUACAGCACACGCCGUGCUCUAGCGGAGCACAGGAGGGUUUGAAUCGAAUUCAAGACUGUCAUUGGUACCGGGUUUCGCCUCGGUUUCAUCUAACACUGCACGCUGCCGCAGGGCAAGACGUCCACCAAUGGUUGAAAAAUUACCAAGCUAUGAACCAAUAACUAUGUUACGAAGUAAUAGCUAAAAAAUUGUAAUAUAUAAUACAUGACUGG